AUGGCUGACGACCUCCUACAAAUGUUUCAAAGUAUUACCACAAGUGAUCAUGAUGAGCUGGUGGAUCAGUUUGCACAUUUGCUGCAGCUGGAUGUACAAACAGCAAUUUUCUUUCUCGAAUCGUGCAAUUGGAACGUUGAGACAGCAGUCAACAAUUAUUUGGCGACAAUGGAGACUGCAGGCGGCAAUGGUAUUAGUCCAAUGGAAGGAAUAGACUCAGCUGAUACUCUGGACAUGGAGGAUGAAAAGUCCGAAUCUAGACAGCCAAGCCACCUGCAGCUUCAACAACCUAACACGGCAUUGUACCAGGCGCAAUUCCUUAGUGACUUAUCGGCCUCGCAGAACACACUGUUCGCUCCCAACACACCAAUACACAUGCAAUGGAGUUAUGUAAAUACAGGUAGGGAACCGUGGCCCAAAGAUACGUGUCUCAUGUUUGCGCAAGGUACAAGCUUACAAGGGCCAGAACAGAUUGCUGUGGCAGCAUCGGCAGGUCAGCGAAUAGAUAUCCAUGCGUCUUUGUGCAUGCCAUCAGAGCCAGGGUCAUAUGCUGGUAGCUGGAGACUACACUGCUCUAGCGGAUUCUUUGGCGAUCCGGUAUGGGUAGUCGUCCAUGUUGGCACACACGAGACUGCAGCAGCUUUCGCAUUGCAACAACAGCAGCUACAGACUGCAAGCUUUGACCCAUCCAAACUUGAAAUUACAGGAGAUAGGCAAUCGUCUUCAACAGUCGUUGAGGAUCUGGAUCUGUAG